GAGAAGUCUGCGUGACGGAAACUCAGCGGCUGUGUCCUAGGAUCGUACAGUUCGCGUAUUUUGUACUUUAAAUCUGUCCUGUUUUGUUUUUUUCGUGUUUUGUUAGCGAAAGUAAGCAAGUGACGCUUUGACAUAUCAAACAGAGCGAGGCAUUGUGGACAGUCGUCGCUUUUCGGUUUUGUCAAAAGCGAAAGUAAACAGAAGAGAGCGCGUGAAGCCAUGGCUGACAGUGUGGAUGAAGACAUGUCGGAGGAGCCUUUGGCCCUCCAGCAGGACCUGACCUGCGUUGUGUGUCAGGGCAUCUUCAAGGACCCCGUGCUGCUGCCCUGUACCCACAGCUUCUGUCGGGAGUGUCUGCAGAGAAGUAUGCAGUACAAGCGGGCUUGCCCCUUGUGCAGGGAGGUGUUUGAGAAAGGGCAGGAUAUCUCCAACCGUGCGCUCCGCGACGCCUGUGAGACCUUCCUCAAACAUCCAGACUGGUGGCCGAACCAGAAACCGACCAGUGGGGACGCCUGUAACCUGCACCUGAAGCCGCUGAGUCUCUACUGUGAGAAGGACGAGGAGCCGGUGUGUGUGGACUGUGUCACUCUACACAACACACACAGGCUGUGGUCUCUGCAGGAUGGAGCGCCAAUAUGUAAGAGGGAGCUGGGCUACAAAGUCCAGAUUUUUGAAAAGAAGGUGGAGUCACACAAGAAAAUGACGCAUAAACUGGCAGAAGCAGUGAAACACAUCAAGUGGCAAGCUGAGCAGGCGGAGAAGCAGAUCAAGGAAGAGUUUCAGAGGCUUCACGAGGCGCUUGUCAAAGAAGAAGCUCUGCGUCUCAAUGCUCUGGCUACCGAGGAGGAGCAGAAGAUUGCUGCCAUACAGGAGCUGAUUGCCACCACAAAGACGGACGUAGCCGACCUGAAUAAGCUCAUUGAGACUCUGAAGAAAGAGAUGGGCAAUGAGGAUCUGCCCCUCCUGCGGAAUUUCCAGAAUUUAAAAAGACAAGCCCAGUGGACUCGUGAAGACCCUCGUCUCUCUGAUGACUCUCUUUUGAAUAUGGGAAGGCAUGUUGGUGCUUUGAGCUUCAAUAUCUGGAAGAAGAUGCAGGCCCAUGUCAAAUACAAUCCUGUGGUGUUGAACCCAAACACGGCCUCUCCGUGGCUGUGCUUGAAUGCUGACCUGACCAGUGUGAAGGAAAGCUCAGAGCGGCUGACCGCCCCCGACAACCCGGAGCGCUUUGAUCCCUGCAUCUUUGUCCUGGGUGCUGAAGGCUACACCUCUGGGAAACACAGAUGGGAUGUCAUUGUCGGUGACAACCCCAAAUGGAUUGUGGGAGUGUGCAAAGAGUCAGUGGCCCGUAAAAAGAAGUUCACGGUCUCUACGAACCGUGGUGUGUGGUCCAUAGGACUGAGCAAAGGGGUGUACUCUGUCUUAACACCUGAACGUACAGAGCUGCAGGUGCAGCAGCGUCCCGAGAGGAUCCGCAUCAAGCUAAAUAUAGAUAACGGAGAGGUGUCAUUUUGGGAUGGGGGAACAGCAAAGCACCUGAUCACUUUAACACACAAGUUUGAAGAGAAGAUGUUUCCUAUUUUUGGCCCUGGGCUCCAUAGCACACCAAUGAUUCUGGCUCCAGGAAAAAUGGCUGUCCACACCUCAUGAUGGGCCAGAAUACUGCAGAAGGAUGGUUGUUGAUUGAAAAUAAGAAUAACCUUUUUCAGAUAAAAUGCUUUUUUGAAAAGCUCAUCAACACUUUACCGGUCAAAACAA